UCUUCUCUGAAGGUGCAUGGCCUCCUUAUACCAAGAACCAGACUGGUCCACCAAACUAGAGACCGUGAAAGACAAUAUCAUCAAGAGACUCAGCGGACCAGGAGUCAGCUGGGACGACAAAUCGGCCAAAUUGAAGAAAUAUUACAUGAAAGACUUCUUCAGCUUGACUGACCUCUGGGCAGUGCUGUUUGUCACAUCAUAUGUGAAAGAGAUCGAUGAACAAACACUCACAGAUCAGCGGGACCUGCACAAUGAAGACCCGUAUCCCAUUUACGCAGUGAUCGACAAGCAAUGCAAAAGGCGUGAGGAAGGAGACCCCUGGUUUGAGAUCAGUCCACAUGAAGCAGGUUAUUCCCUCUCUGGAGCGUUUGUGGAAACCUGCAACUUUGGCAGCCAGUUUGACAACGGCUCAAAGAAAAAACACCAGCCUGAAAUGGACAUGCUGUACCUGCAAGCUAUGUGCAGCAGUGCUUUAGCUGAUGGAGAGGCGACCUGGAAAUGGAUAAAAGCUAUUUCAGUACCUGAAAUAAAAUCGGUAUUAGACAAAAUGGAGCAAGAUCAAUCCGGAGGAAACGCCUCAAGAACCACUCAGGAGCCUGUCGGUGAAGACGAAUGUUACCAGGAGCUCUUGAACCCUGUGGAUGCUGACCCUUCUGCCCUUGAGCAGUCCUCCAGAACAAAGCUGACCGACCUUUUUGGAGGCCAAAGGCAGUUUGGCCAAACUGCUGAUAAGCACAAAAAAACAGCCAGAUGCAUUGCUCAGAGGAUCUGGGGCAGGAAUUAUAACUUCCUCCACAACAUGACAGAUGAAUCAGUGCCAGCCGCUCUUUUGCAAAAAGAGACGAGAGAUUUAAUAGACGCCGGACUGUUGAUCAACUCACCCUACUUCUCAGUGCUGAGAAAAGAACGAAACAUUGACCUCAUCAUUGCUCUGGAUUACAGCGAUGGAGAUCCUUUCACGACAGUGAGAGAAGCUGCUAAAACGUGCAAGAAACUAAAGAUCCCUUUCCCUGAAGUCAACAUUCCCAGUGAUGAAGGGAAGAAACCAAAGGACUUCUAUGUGUUCAAAGGCCAAAACGCUCCAACCGUGAUUCACAUCCCUCUGUUUAAUGUGGUCAACUGUGGAGUGCUUGAAUGUCUUGAAGAGGCUCCGAUGUCGCUGUCAGAGCUUCUGCUCUCAUUUGGGCUGGAGAAGAUCGAUGAACAAACACUCACAGAUCAGCGGGACCUGCACAAUGAAGACCCGUAUCCCAUUUACGCAGUGAUCGACAAGCAAUGCAAAAGGCGUGAGGAAGGAGACCCCUGGUUUGAGAUCAGUCCACAUGAAGCAGGUUAUUCCCUCUCUGGAGCGUUUGUGGAAACCUGCAACUUUGGCAGCCAGUUUGACAACGGCUCAAAGAAAAAACACCAGCCUGAAAUGGACAUGCUGUACCUGCAAGCUAUGUGCAGCAGUGCUUUAGCUGAUGGAGAGGCGACCUGGAAAUGGAUAAAAGCUAUUUCAGUACCUGAAAUAAAAUCGGUAUUAGACAAAAUGGAGCAAGAUCAAUCCGGAGGAAACGCCUCAAGAACCACUCAGGAGCCUGUCGGUGAAGACGAAUGUUACCAGGAGCUCUUGAACCCUGUGGAUGCUGACCCUUCUGCCCUUGAGCAGUCCUCCAGAACAAAGCUGACCGACCUUUUUGGAGGCCAAAGGCAGUUUGGCCAAACUGCUGAUAAGCACAAAAAAACAGCCAGAUGCAUUGCUCAGAGGAUCUGGGGCAGGAAUUAUAACUUCCUCCACAACAUGACAGAUGAAUCAGUGCCAGCCGCUCUUUUGCAAAAAGAGACGAGAGAUUUAAUAGACGCCGGACUGUUGAUCAACUCACCCUACUUCUCAGUGCUGAGAAAAGAACGAAACAUUGACCUCAUCAUUGCUCUGGAUUACAGCGAUGGAGAUCCUUUCACGACAGUGAGAGAAGCUGCUAAAACGUGCAAGAAACUAAAGAUCCCUUUCCCUGAAGUCAACAUUCCCAGUGAUGAAGGGAAGAAACCAAAGGACUUCUAUGUGUUCAAAGGCCAAAACGCUCCAACCGUGAUUCACAUCCCUCUGUUUAAUGUGGUCAACUGUGGAGGUAAGCCUGGUGAUUGGAGGAAGAAAUAUGGCAUCUUAAAAGGCCCUUACAGCGCUGAGAUGAUCACUGAAGUUAUGGGGGUCGCUGGAAAAAACAUCUCAAACAACAUAGAGAAACUGCUGGAGCAGAUUCGUGCAGUCGCUGAAGCUAAAUGAUUCCUGGCACAAAUACGGCUAUAUUACAAGUCGUCAAGAAAUUAAAAUUCAGUCUGUUUUCUAAAUGCAUUUUGGUCUUAUUGUAAAUUAUUCAUGCUCUGGUGAAACGGUAGAUUCUCUCUGGUGAUGCGGGAUGUGUGGCAUUAUAGUCAUGUUUGGACUUUAUUUCUGUUUAUUAUUAGCCU